GAAAUUCUUUCCAUUCCACACUCCUCAGAAGACAACCUUUUGGUGAAAAACAGAAACUGCGAUUUGGUAAAGCAAUGAAGCCUUCUGUGCUGGGUUUGUCACUUCUUGUUGUUCCUCUGCUUCUCUCCCUCUUCUUUGUUGCACUCAUGCCUAAGGAAACCGCCAUGAAAACCUAUGAGGUGUUUGGAGUGAAGAUAGAGAAGAACCCACCUCAGUCCAAACUCACUGAACUUGGAGUCUCAACUUGGAACAAGUGGGAAGGUGGUCCAACCAAAAUUCCAUGGUACUUUAAAGAAGAAGAGACUAUGUAUCUGCUGGAGGGAAAAGUGAGAGUUACUGUUGAAGGAUCUGUUGGGUCUUUUGAAAUUGGGGGUGGUGAUUUAGUUGUCUUCCCAAAAGGAAUGAACAUUACUUGGGAAGUGAUUGAAGCUGUGAAGAAGCACUACAGCUUGAAAAAAUAAUGUGUACUAAUGAUAUGCCAUGUAUAUGAACUUGAUCAAGUAAUUGCUACUUACUAUUAGCUAUAGUUACUAGUUGCUACUGGGAUGUACCAAAGUUUUCACUUCCAUGACAUUGUACCGUACCUUGACAAUGAUCCUAUUGAAAGCAAUAUCUCAUCACUAUGUUUAAGAUGAA